UCACUUGGCCAUAUGAUUUACUGUUAUUGUCAUUUUGUUGUCAAUUGAAAGAUUACGAGUUUUCUUUUCUCGCUCUCUCUCUCUUUCUCUUUCUCUCUUUGUCAGAGGAGAAAAACUUUCCACCGGGGGCAAGCAUACUGUUCCACUCUUGAUGCGCACAGAAGACUUUCCAUAGAACAAUUGAUAAACUGAUAUUCUCUUGUGAUAUUAAUCUGACCUCCGAGCCGAUUAAUUUCAUCUCUUAUUCCCUCUUUCUCUGUGUUUGUGUCUAUUUGUCUCAAUUGUUGCUCUUUCGGCUGAUUCCCUAAAUUCAUUUGGUGACAUUUUCUGUGAAAAAGAAAAAUGAAUCUCAAUCAACACCAGUUAAUUUGUUUAUUCUUCAUUCAUUAUCUUAUCCAGGUUACCCCAUAAAUCUUAGGAUGGAAUGAGAAAACCAAGAGACGAUUAAUGGUUGUGUUCAUGAUGCUUUCUUCAUCUCUCUCACUCUCUGUGUAGUAAAUUAAGUUAAUUUAGAAUCAGAACAUUUUGUUUUUCUCGAAACAAAAUGUCGACUCAAUCAUCUUCAAGUAAGAAUAGUGGUCUAGAUGAUUCCCUUUAUUAUCCAUCUCCUUCUUUGGUGACCAUGGCGAUGAACGAUGAACCCAUGAAAAGCUUUUGUGCCCCUUAUUCUGGUAAAAUUUGCGAAAAAUAUUUAAAAGGUCGUUUUGUUUACUCAAAUUACACUACCGAUGAAAGCGGAUCUCUAAUUUAUCUGAAUGAACAAAUCACCACAAGCCUUUGGUCUGAAAUGGUUUCGCCGCUGAUGGAACCAUGUAAAGGUGCGGCUGAGGUAUUACUUUGUAAUUAUGCUUUCCCUUCAUGUGAUUAUGGUGUUUUACCUGUGAUACCUAAGCCACUUUGCCGUGAAGAUUGUGUGGCCGUUAAGGAGCUUUUCUGUUAUAAUCAAUGGGCACUUAUUGAAGAUAAUAAACAACGUGGAGUUUAUUUUAAGGCUCGAGGACAUUUUCGAUUACCUGAUUGUGAUCUAUUACCAAGCCAUGAGAACAAAACUAAUCCUGAUUGCUCAAUUUCCCAUCUUACCCAAAUUAAACCGGAAGAGGUUACAUAUGAUUGUAUUAAGGGUCGAGGUCGAUUUUAUCAGGGUAAUGUGGAUAGGACCAAAACGGGUAUUCCAUGUCAACGGUGGGACUCACAGGAACCUCAUAAUCACAAUCGACCUCCGCCCAUUUUUCCCGAGAUUUUGAACUCGGAAAAUCAUUGUCGCAACGCCGGCGGGGAAGAACCUCAACCCUGGUGUUACACCAUCGAUCCAAGGGUACGGUGGGAACAUUGUAACAUACCUGUUUGCAAAAAUACGACUAAUUUUCAAUUGAUCAAUUCCAAUCCAUAUUCGAACACUUCUUUCCAAAAUUUUGCCAAUUCAACAUUUCUAUUAUUAGUUAGCUCUGCCGCCUUAAUUGCACUCAUUUUGUUAAUGGUAAUUGCUGCUAUUUGCUACCGAAUAGUUAAAUAUCGUCGUCGUGGAUACAAUUCAAAUCUAACCGAUAAUGUAGAGAUCGAUUUAUACAAAUUACCGUCAAAUUUUGCUUACCAUUGUACGACAGUUAAGUUAAACCCGAAAUUAGAAGCUCUUGAAUAUCCAAGAAAUGAUAUAAUCUACAUAAAAGAUAUUGGCCAAGGAGCUUUCGGUCGAGUCUUCCAAGCUAAAGUUCCAGGGAUAAUCAAAGGUGAAGAGUUUACUAUGGUCGCUGUGAAGAUGUUGAAAGAAGACGCAUCGGAAGAUGUCCAAAGUGACUUCGAACGUGAAGCCUGUGUAAUGGCUGAAUUUGAUCAUCCAAAUAUCGUCAAACUCUUGGGUGUUUGUGCCAUAGGUAAACCAAUGUGUCUACUAUUCGAGUAUCUUGGUAAAGGUGAUCUGAACAAAUUUCUACGAUCACAUUCACCAUCAAAUUAUAUUAUUCGUGGACCCGAAAUCGGUUCAUAUCAAGAUCCAUUACGUUUAUCACCUCUUGAUUUGGUAAACAUAAGUGCCCAAAUUGCCUGUGGAAUGGUUUACCUUUCAGAUCGUAAAUUUGUCCAUCGUGAUCUGGCCACUCGAAAUUGUCUAGUCAAUGAGAAUAUGAUUGUUAAAAUUGCCGAUUUUGGUUUAUCACAGAAAAUUCACUCAAACAAUUAUUAUAAAGGAAACGAUGAAGAUGCAAUGCCAAUCAGAUGGAUGCCAAUCGAAUCAAUAAUGUUCAACAAAUUUACCAUUGAAUCGGAUGUUUGGGCUUUCGGAAUAGUUUUAUGGGAAAUUUUCUCCUUCGCCUUACAACCAUAUUAUGGAAUGAACCAUGAAGAAGUGGUCACAUUUAUCAUGGAUGGAAAUAUACUCUCACCACCGGAAAACAUUCCAACUUCAGUUUAUUCACUGAUGAAAAUCUGUUGGAACAAGAAACCAAAUCAUCGGCCAACAUUUAAAAUAAUCUACCGGACACUUUGUGCGAUCUCAGAAGAGAUAAUUCGAAACAAUAAUUUCGAUAAAUUGACAAAAGCGAAUCAAAUUUCCCACCAAAAGUUUAUUCCACCUCCCAUAACAUAAGAAUCUCAUCCAAUAAGAAUGAACCUUGAUGACGAUGCACAAGUAACUUCCGUUUCCAUGGCGAUGAAAACGGAAAUCGUUUUCUGGUUUUCUCAUCUUUUGCUAAACAUUUUGUUCCUUUGUCAGUAGCUUUUCUGCUCUUUACUUUCUUCUUAUCUUCCUCUUUUUCUCUUCUUCUUCUUCCUUCUAUCUCCAUCUCUGUGCCAUUCCUCUUUUAUUUCUUCUCCCUUUUCGGUGACUCUCUCUCACUCACUCUCUCUAUCGGUGUCUCUCUCUCACUCGUUUUGGGCCUUUUUCACUGUGUCUUUUCUCCAUCUUCUCCUUUUUUUUUUAAA